AUGGCGAUGGAAGGCAAAGUGGCGGUGAUCACCGGCGGAGGCAGCGGUAUUGGAAAGUCGACGGCGGUGGUACUAGCGAAAGAGGGCGCCGUGGUGGCCAUCUUCGACACGGAGGAACAGCGACUGCGCGAGGUGAAGCAGGAGAUUGAAAACUCGAUGGGCACCGAGUGCUUCACGUUUGCUGGGAGUGUGAGCAGCGAGGUCGACACCAUCAAGUUCUACGAGCAGGUGCGAGAGAAGUUUGGCCAAGUGGACUGUGUGCUGGCAAAUGCGGGAACGAACGGCACUUGGGCACCGAUAGAGGAACUCACAUCUGCUGAAUUCAUGAGCACUAUCAACGUCAACCUCCUGGGCUCAUUCCUAACGAUCAAGUGCGUCUCCAUUGCACAGUUCGUUUCAUUUGUGUUCUAA